AUGAAUGAGGACGCAGGUGGCAACAGUAAUGGCGAGACGAACCUGGUCACCGCAGGGAUGUCGCCUUCUCGGCAGCUGACAGCUGAGGAGGAAGCAGUUCUGCUGGCCGAGUACGGCUUCGAGGAGCCUUACGACAACGACGUUCAGUGGGCAGCACCGAGUCACUUUAAGUCGAAGAUAGGCGACGGCCACAUCUUCCUCACAGGUGCAGCGACGGACGAUAAGGACGCCGGGGAUAGCCCUGUCGCAGCGGACUCCUUCCAGCAGGGCGGCACAACUCCGUCAAGGCGUGGUCGCCACCUUGUGCACAGGGACCCACUUCGAAUUUAUCUCCACAAGAAUUUUCCCUCCCUCAUGCUGCUGGACAAGACGACACCAGCGUCGCUGAUGGAGACCGUCACGGACGUCCUCGACACUCUCGAGAGCCGGAGCAAAGUCAAUGGAGCACACGGAGAACAAGUGGAGCGCCACACACCAACGCCGCCACUUAUCGGAUUCAGCCGCUCUCCGACUCUGGAGCGGCAUGCUGCCAUCUUGCGAAGCGGAAAAGAGUGGGCGCGUCGUGCGAGUCUUGCAGUUCAAGGUGCUUCUAUCGCGGCUAUGGCAUCGCACUUAUUUGUGUCCGACCAUCAGGAAGCACCUGUGACGUGCUGUGGCGACGGUUCUUCCACGAAAGCAGCUGGCGCGCCUGCGUGCACCGAGGACAUCGAGUAUCGUGAGCUCAUUGAAUCCACGCAGCAGCUUCUGUCAAAGGCAACGGAGGCGUUGGCAGCACGCUCUUCUCUGGCAUGUGACAGUGAAGCAGCGGACAUGGCGCAUGCGGUGCGAGAGCUACAAGAGCGUGAGACCCUACUUACUGAGGAUCUGCUGGAUGAGUAUUACGACAGGGUCGGGGUGCUGAAUGAUGACGAGGAAGAAGAAGAAGCUAUGCAGCUGCUUUGCCGUGCGCGCGAGGGACGUGCACGACUCUGUGCGGCUCUGGCUCUGCGUACAGACGAUUCCCCUGUAAGCGACAUCCGUGCGGAGUAUGCUGCAGUAGAGCUGGUACCGUCCGCAACGGAUCGCGACGCCGCUGCACGACCCCUCUUUUCCCUAACGCCGAGACUCCCGUGUCUUUACGCAUUCGAACUGGAACUGCCGAUUUUGCAGCCGGUAGCUGCGGAGUCGCUCUCUGCAAGCCAUGGGAAUAUUCUACUGACACAAGAGAAGCAUCCUAGGAUCCUCAGCGCAACGCACGUGAUGCCACAGGUAGUGGGUCUGCCGAUCGACUCCCCAACUGAGGAGGAGAAGUCCGUAUCGCUCCCACGACUCCUUAUGAGGAACACGGAGGUACUCGAGUUGAUUGGAAACAUGGAGCUUCGUGAUGCCCAGGUGCAGAUGGCCGCUGUGGCCUCAAGAGAGGCAUACUUGCGAGCGUAUCGAACCGGCAGUGCAGCACGAAAGGGAGAGACACAGGUGAGGCUGCAGAACGACGACCGCAGCGCACACGGCCUUGCGAUUCUUCCGUCGUUUGUGCAGCAACUCGACGUACUCCUCUCCCCCACUCGAGAGGAGCAGUAUUUCCGCCAGGGAACAACCCAGACACCGUCACUUCAACCAGAUACCCAGGUAGGCCUCAAUGAUGGCACCAACGCAGUUCAGCAGCAAAGUGGAAGUAGCAGUGGUGCAGCUACGUCGGUGCCGCUUAUGAACACUUCGGUAGAACAAAUUCGCUGGCGGGCAGCAGUGGAGUCAUUUCUUGUAGACCGCGAGGCCAGCGAGCACCACCGCAUGCGUAUCGAGGAUGAACUGGUGCAGCGCGAAAUUUGCGCUGCUGCAGAUCAACUCGCUGGGUACGCACAGCAGCGCAGUGAGCUUGAGCAGUCCACUCUGCAGUCCGUAGAGCGCCUUCACGAGGCUCAGAACACCGCAUAUGCAGAGCUCCUCGCCGCCGCCAACAAGGGCAGGGCGCUGGCACAGCAGGCACAGGAGCUGCGGCGUUUACAAGAAACGGAAAAGCUGACUUACACGCUCAUCAUGGAGUGGGAGGUGCAACGGGAACAGUUGAUGCAAGAUGAGGCACUAUCGAUUCGGUCGCUUCGUCGCGACGCGAGCGAGGAAGCGCAGCGCGCCCAGGUUUCCACUCAGCGACGCUUGGAUGACGAGAUAGCAGCUGCCAAGAACUCGAUGGAGGAACUUCGCACCAUCUUUGAACAGCAGCGUGUACGGCGAGGAUCCAUAACGCUGCAAGGCGAAGAUGACGCAACCGUUGCUGAGAACGUGGUGUCCCUUGACGAGAAGACACUGCGGGAAAGCCGAUGGUACUGCUGGCGUGUAGCACCGCUACUCACGGAACGUGCAGCAGUGCUGCGCUGCAUCACAAAGCAACAAAAAUCGCUGGAGAGCGUCCGUACUCUCCUAGUAGAGGCUGAAGGCCACUAUCGCGCUCAUGUCAAGGCGUCCUCUACGAGCCUCGAUAGUAAUGAAACCCCAGAGAAGGUGAUGGUACUCCCCGAGAAUCCGCCUCUGAUGACGGAGGGCGGAUUGUCCAGAGGGCAUGCUGCCGCGGGUGCUCGAGUGCUGGGCGCCGACACAUUUGUGCGGCUUCUCUGGCCCUCCCUCCGCGCGGUGGUACGCAACCCUCAGCGAGCACCCCAAUACCUCUCGAAGCUUAUGCUUUCCCUCGAGGACCUGCAGCAAGUGGACUGGGACCAGCUGCGCCACAUGAACUUAAGCGCCGCAGGCCCACACCAGGAACCUGCAGGCGCGGUCUCAGUCGCGCGUCUGGUGAAGGAGUUGGAUGUGAGCGGCAAUCCACUGCAACAAUUCGAUGUGGUGGAGGCUGUCAGCACCUUCUCCUUUUUGCAGUCGCUCAGCAUCUCGCACGCGCAGCUGCAUACCCUCAACUCGUCCGGCGCUAUGGACACCAUCUCCAACACCCACCUGCGAGGAGCACCCAAGCAACAUUGCACUUCUUCUGCCAGCGCUACCUCGUCUCGCUCCUCCCACCUGCGCCACGUGACAGCGGCGCGCAACCAUGCGCUGGCGGCGCAGGUCCACCUGUUGUUUCUCGACGUCUCCUCCAAUAGCCUAGCCUCACUCGUGCCGCUGAGUACGAUAGCCUCUUCGUCCUUGGUUUGCUGCACGACCACAGAAAACGAACUGACUGACCUUGACUCUCUCAGCGGCUGCGUGCAGCUGCGCGAGCUGUCAGCAGCGCACAACAGAUUGACUGAUAUGCAUGCUGCCAGCACGAUGCCGCUGCUCCGAGAAGUGGACGUGGGGAACAACAAGCUUGUGGCGUUGACUGUAGGAAGGAAGGGAGGUGGAGACGACGCUACAUCGAACUCCCUCAUGUUGCUCAGUAGGCUGUACGCCUCGCACAAUCCACUCCAUGCGCUUCCAUCGAGUCAGCACGCCUACCUCUGUUUAACACAGCUGUUUGUGAACCACGCCAAGCUCACCUCUCUUAGCGCUUCAUCUCUGGGGUGGUUUCCAAUGCUGACGGUGCUGCAAGCUGAGGGAAAUGAGAUUGCCGACAUUAGUGGAGUGCAGCACUGCCCGCGCCUGCAGUCGCUGAGGCUAUCGCGCAAUCGGCUUGCUUCGCUAAGCGCACUAGAGUCGCUCAGGUGCUGCACGCGACUGCAGGUGCUUGACCUCACAGGGAAUCCGUGCCUUGUGGCAGAUUCGAAUGACGAGCAGCUUGCAGCGUCUGUGACUCGUGUGCUCUACGAGCUCGUGCCGUCUCUGGAAGUGCUAAACAACUCCCCUCGAGCACACGCACGGGAACAGCACCAAGUGCCCGCGUCCCCUUCCACAUUUGCCCUUGCACCGGCAAGAAAGGUGGAGGUGGGCGACUCUCUUGACGAUGGAUGGCACGCCGACGCCACUCUUGCUGCGAUCGCCAGCUCGUCGUCGCGAUACCUCUCUACUACACCUCAGUUGUAUCGCGAGGUCUUUUCUGCCCUGUGCUGGGAUGCACAGAUCCAGCAUCUGCUGGAGGUGAAGAUGCUGCGCGAGGCAUACGCACAGCGGCCGUUGAACCGCGCUAAGGGCUGGGAGUUGAGCGCUGUUGCUGCUGCCGCAGCGGCCGGUGGGGUGAAAAAUGAUGAUCAGCCGCUGGUGAAUCGUGGUGCGGCAGCAUUUGCGCAUGUACAUGGGGUAACGGCAGCACAAAUCCACACUCGCACAGCAGAGCACCUCCGUCGUGUAGAGCACUUCCGGUUAGAUGCCGCGACGUUGUCUGAGUGGAUCAGCCUGUCUAAUCGUCUCCCUUCAGCAAAGCUCCCUGGGUCAACGGGAGACGACAUGCUAGCAAACACACACGUGCGUAACCUCUCCUUCGAGCAACAGCGGCAGGACUAUGUUGGGGCUCUUGCUCGUGCAUACAUUGCUGAGUGGCUGCACGGUCGCGUACUCGUUCGACGGGCUCGCCUCGAGUUGCUCUGUUUACGGGUCGCGUAUCGGCAGUCGGAGGCUCGCCGGCAAGAGGCCGCUGCCCAGCGCAUCCAGCCGGUCUGGCGUGGCGCAGCGCUGCGUUCGCGACUGCGGCGCUUUUUGCACCCAGAGGGGGCCGGCAGCGGCGCUGAGGUUGAAGCUGGUGACUUUCCAAAGGUCAACGUGGACGACUGGCUCCUCGAGAAUGCUGCUGCGCUGGCGCCAGUGGAGCUUCUCUUUCAUGACGUGGUGGAAUCGGCGCCUGCUCUCAUUGCCGUGCCGUUCAAUGUUUCGACGACGGCCGCCACGCCCGUUUUAUCGGCAAUCACUGACGCAUCGCCACUGCCAGUCGCAACCACCUUCACUCCUCUACCCCCAACUGUUGGACGGUCUCACCAAGCGGAGGUCAGCGGCCGCCUUGCACCGCGAAGCACCGGGGACGAUCCGCUGAGUAGUGAUGUAGCGGAGACCAGCCAGCCAAAGGGCAGCGGUGGGGCCCUGGUGGAACAGUGGGGUCCUCUUGUAGCGGCGCAGAUUCGCAAGAAGCAGCACAAAUCUAAUCGGUUGCACCAGCAGCACCUGCGCACGGAGUUCCUACAGGAUCCGUUGCGUGUGAAGCGGGAGGUACGAGAGGAUCGUGCGCAGCAGCGGACUAAGUAG